GCCGGCCGGCCGGGGCGGGGGUGAGGGCAGGUGUCCGCGGCCCCAGAGGGAGAGGGCGCGGUGGGUGCGGCCCCUGGCGGCGUCCCAGGGAGGCCUCUGGCCGCCGAGGACCGCGCCAUGUGGGCCCCGGGAGGCCCCGGGUUCUGCUCCCGCUGGGGGCGGGUGGCCGUGCUGCUGCUGCUGCUGCUGCUCGGGGCGCCCCCGAGGGGCCUGGCGCUGCCCCCCAUCCGCUACUCCCACGCGGGCAUCUGCCCCAACGACAUGAACCCCAACCUCUGGGUGGACGCCCAGAGCACCUGCAAGCGGGAGUGUGAGGCGGACCAGGAGUGUGAGACCUACGAGAAGUGCUGCCCCAACGUGUGCGGCACCAGGAGCUGCGUGGCGGCCCGCUACCUGGACGUGAAGGGGAAGAGGGGCCCGGUGGGCAUGCCCAAGGAGGCCACGUGCGACCACUUCAUGUGCCUGCAGCAGGGCUCCGAGUGCGACAUCUGGGACGGCCAGCCCGUGUGCAAGUGCAAGGACCGCUGCGAGAAGGAGCCCAGCUUCACCUGCGCCUCCGACGGCCUCACCUACUACAACCGGUGCUACAUGGACGCCGAGGCCUGCUCCCGCGGCAUCACGCUGGCCGUGGUCGCCUGCCGCUACCACUUCACCUGGCCCAACACCAGCCCGCCGCCGCCGCCCGGCACCACCGCGCGGCCCACCACCGCCGCCCCGGAGACGCCCGGCUGGGACGCGGCCGCCCCCGCGCUGCUCAGCCGGCCCGCGCCCCAGGCGGUGACCGUGGGCGAGACGGUGAGCUUCCUGUGCGACGUGGCGGGCCGGCCGCGGCCCGCCGUGACCUGGGAGAAGCAGCUGGAGGACCGGGAGAACGUGGUCAUGGGGCCCAACCACGUGCGGGGCAACGUGGUGGUCACCAACAUCGCCCAGCUGGUCAUCUACAACGCCCAGCCGCAGGACGCCGGCAUCUACACCUGCACCGCCCGCAACGCCGCCGGCGUCCUGCGCGCCGACUUCCCGCUGUCGGUGGUGCGGGCGGCGGCGGCCACGGCCGAGAGCGGCGGCCCCAACAGCACGGCCUUCCCCGCGGCCGAGUGCCUGCAGCCGCCCGACGGCGAGGACUGCGGCGGCGAGGAGCAGACCCGCUGGCACUUCGACGCCCAGGCCAACAACUGCCUCACCUUCACCUCCGGCCCCUGCCAGCGCAACCGCAACCACUUCGAGACCUACGAGGCCUGCGUGCGGGCCUGCGUGCGGGGCCCGCUGGCCGCCUGCAGCCUGCCCGCCCUGCAGGGGCCCUGCAAGGCCUACGCCCCGCGCUGGGCCUACAACCGCCAGGCCGGCCAGUGCCAGUCCUUCGUCUACGGCGGCUGCGAGGGCAACGGCAACAACUUCGAGAGCCGCGAGGCCUGCGAGGAGUCCUGCCCCUUGCCCUGGGGCGGCCAGCGCUGCCAGGCCUGCCGGCCCCGGCAGAAGCUCGUGACCGGCUUCUGCCGCAGCGACUUCGUCAUCCUGGGCCGCGUGUCCGAGCUGACCGAGGAGCCGGCCGCCGGCCGCGCCCUGGUCACCGUGGACGAGGUCCUCAAGGACGAGAAGAUGGGCCUCAAGUUCCUGGGCCGGGAGCCGCUGGAGGUCACCCUGCUGCCGGUGGACUGGGCCUGCCCCUGCCCCAACGUGACGGCGGGCGAGACGCCGCUCAUCAUCAUGGGGGAGGUGGAGGGCGGCAUGGCCAUGCUGCGCCCCGGCAGCUUCGUGGGCGCCGCCAGCGGCCGGCGGGUCCGGAAGCUGCGCGAGGUCCUGCACAAGAAGACCUGCGAGGUCCUCAAGGAGCUCCUGGGCUCACGCUGAGCCCCCCCCCACCCCACCCCCGCUUCCCGCCCUCUCCCCCCAACACCCACCUACCCCGACGCCCCUCGGUCAGCAAACUGGGCAAGGUCAGAUGGGACAGCAGAGGGACAUCAGUCAGAACAAAGCCACCGGAGGGUCUUAGGUCAGCUUCUAGUCUGCGGGUUCAGUAAGGGGUUCCGAUCCUUUUUAGCUUAGGGGGACAGAGGAGGAGGCCGUGGACACUUGUAAAUUAUUCCUGACGACCAAUCGCCUUGGGCCACGUCGCCCUCUUGGUGCUGGCCAUCCCCCUCCUCCAAGCAGCCGCCCCCCCGCCCCCCCAGCCUCCCACACACCGGGGCCCUGGAGAUGGUGGCUGCCUGGUGGUCACGGGAAUCGUGGAAUGAGUGGGUUUACAAAAGGGGCGGGGCGGGGGGUGAAGAGAGAAAGGAGGGCCCAGGGACUCAUGGGACAGAUUCCCCAAUGGCCCCCUCGACCAGGAUGAACAGAAGCCACUUCAUGGUCGGGAUCCUGGGAAGCACACACCUCCCCUAGGUGGAGGCUGCACGGCAGGCGCCCUUGGGUGCUGGUCAGCCUGCGGUCUCUCAGGCUGCCAGCAGAACACACGUUUCUCGUGUUUCAUCCCCUUGGCUUUGUUGAUUGGUUAUUGAUUGUUGAUUUAUUAAUCCAGUU